AAAAAAUCAUAACCUCAAACUUUGACAGUUCUGAAUUUAUUAUUUUGCUUAAUUACAAAUUAUCAAUAAAUAAAUCAAUAAUGUACAUUAUACAAGCCGAAUCAGGUCCCCAAGCGUUUUAUGUUAUGGAACAAAACAAAGAGUAUGUAAUAGGUCGAAAAGGAUGCGAAUUUCUGAUUGAAAAUGAUUCCUCAGUAAGUAAGCGACAUGCUACAAUAACACUUAAAGAUGAUAUCUUACAAAUUGAGGAUGUUGGUUCAAAAUUUUCCACCUUCAUUAACUCAUUCAAAAUAGAGGAAAAUCAUACUGAAACAUUACGAGAAAAUGAUGUCGUUAGAUUUGGAAUGUUAAAUUCAUAUUAUAAAGUUAUAAAGAAGAAUUUAGUUGUUUUAUGUUCUGGGUUAACACCACCAAAUAAAACUAAGCUUAAACAAAUGUUAGAAACUCUAAAUGGUAAAUUAGUGAAAGAAUGGGAUGAAGAACUUAAUUAUUUAACUGUUGAUAAAAUUGUUUUAACCUCAAAAGUAAUUCAAGCAAUAAUCGAAGGUUUACCAAUAGUUUCCUUAGGAUAUUUCGAACAACUUCAAAAUUGUAUCAAAAAUAACCAAAUCCCACCAAAUGAAAAAGAAUAUUUGCCAAAACCAUCAACUAUUUUGCUAAAAAAUUUAAAUUUCGAUUACAACCCAGAAAGAAAAAGUUUAUUUAAAAACAAAGUAUUCGUUUUUAAAAGAAAAUCGAAUCUAGACGACAUUAUUAAUCGUUGCGGGGGUAAAUCAAUUAUAUAUAAUGAAGAAACUAUAACUAAAGAGUCUCUCGAACAAUGCAAUCCACAAUACAUUUUAAUUUCUGAUGAAGUUUUCGAUCCAAAAUCAAAACAUCCAUUCGAUAAGUUAAUUUACCUAUUAAUUCAACUUAAAAAACGGGCGAUUCCACAACAAGAAAUUCCUUUAGCAAUUAUGAAAUGUUGUAUUAAAACAAAUUGUAACCCCGAUUUUGACCGGGUUGGAAAUUUAUUAAAAGAAAGUGAUAACUCCCUAAAACCUAACCUUUUAGUAGCUGAAACUGAGUCGAAAUUUACCGAAGUUGAUGUUGGAUCAGCGAAAAUUGUUCCAGAAACGUUUCAAUCUCAAUUUAUAAACGAUGACGUUGAAGAUAUUCUUAAACCAUCAGAAUCAGAACGGUUUAAACGUUUAUCCCAGGAUGAUAUUAAAAGUGACAAUAUAAAGAAACCACGAAUUUCGCAUAAUAUUUUUACAUCUACUCAAAUUGAAGAGGAUAAAAUUGUUUUAUCAGAGCAAUCUUCGAACACAUUAUCUCAAAUGUUUAAAAGAAAAACUCCUGAUGUUGAUAAUAAAAGCCUAGAAAUUACAAAAAAGCAAAAAAUUUUAAAUCCUUUUGGGUUAAUUUCUUCAAAUAAUACAUCUAUAUCAUCGUCUUUAAAAACUCAAUUAAACGUUUCAAAGAAAAAUUCUUUAUUUAAUCCAUUUGCUACAGCAACUAUUAAAGAAGAACCACAAGCAUCGACAAGUAAUAAUAAUAACACUGAGGUUGAUGGAAAUGUCGUAAUAAAAGAUGAAAAUUGCGGUUUAGAUCGAUAUCAAACAGAAUUUCUUUGGAAAACAAUCAACGAAAAUGAUGAUGGGGAAAUUUGUAUGAAAACGAAAGAUUUGGGUAUAAAUAAACUUAUGGAAUCUUUUAAAGAUUGCGUCGUUGUUAAGAAGGUUCCUUUGGUGGUUAGGGAUACGAGCGCGUUGGGAAGUAUUAGUUUUAAUGAAUCUGGAAAGCCGAAUUUUAAAAGGUUCAAGAAAUUAAAUCCUUUACACGUUCAGACAUCUGUCAUUAAAAAUUUUAAAACCUACGUAUGUUGCGUUGAUGGUUCUUAGUAAUUUAAGUUAAUAAUUAAUUUAUGUUGUUCUGUGUUUAUUAUUUUCAUUUUAUAAAGAUUUUCUUAUCUUAAUUAUUUGAUUUUAAUCCUUUUAUGUCAGCUGUCAUUCCCAAAAAUUUCGAGGUUAGAAUCUUUUUUUUGUAAUUAAAAAUAAUUAAAUAAAGUGGAAAUUAUU